GGAGACAGCGAACAAGGGCAUUGUUCAUAUUGCUGGAGAUAGACAGUGGGGCUGGACGGCAUACUUUAUUACCAGUAACAUUUAGGGGUUUCUGAAGUUCCUUUUCAUAUAAGACGCUUUUCUUUUUUUGUCGUUUGGCUAGGCGGAACUAAUGACCAUUAUUUUGUGCCACACGGAACUUGAAGUUGAGGCAAAAGAUCAAUCAAGUAAACUAAAGUAACAUUAGCAACAAGUAACGUUACAAGUAACAACAUAUGUGGAUGAGACGGUGUUAUAAACGCGCAAAUGUUUAAAAACACCUUUCAAAGUGGAUUCCUAUCUAUCUUGUAUAGCAUUGGGAGCAAACCUCUUCAGAUAUGGGAUAAAAAGGUCAGGAACGGCCACAUAAAGCGGAUUACAGACAACGACAUUCAGUCGCUGGUGCUUGAAGUGGAGGGAACAAAUGUCAGCACAACCUACAUCACUUGUCCGGCUGACCCAAAGAAGACACUUGGCAUCAAACUCCCGUUCUUGGUUAUGAUCAUAAAGAAUUUGAAGAAGUAUUUCACCUUUGAAGUCCAGGUGUUGGAUGACAAGAAUGUGAGGAGGCGGUUCCGGGCCAGUAACUACCAGAGCACCACUCGGGUGAAGCCCUUCAUCUGUACCAUGCCCAUGAGGCUGGACGACGGCUGGAACCAGAUCCAGUUUAACCUGUCUGACUUCACACGGCGGGCCUACGGCACCAACUACAUCGAGACACUCCGCGUACAGAUCCAUGCAAACUGCCGCAUACGGAGAGUGUACUUCUCUGACAGACUGUACUCGGAAGAUGAGCUCCCUGCGGAGUUCAAACUUUAUCUACCCGUACAGAACAAAGCAAAGCAGUAAGGCAGCUGAAUCGAUUCUCCUCCCCCAUUCCAGAUGUGAAUUUUAUUUGCAGAUAGGCUACAUUUGUUGUAAUGUUUUUGCUUUGAAGUAUUUUGGAACCAUGUGAUUGUUUUCUCUGCACAAUAAACAUUUUGUAUGCACAAUA